CAUGUCAAAAAUCCUAAAAUGGGCCAAAUUCAUCCUGUUCAAAAGGAAAGCAAGAGAUAAGAGUAUGAAUAAAUUAUGGUAGGUCCCAAAAGGUAUUUAUAAUCCUCCUUCAAUUAUUGACAACAUAAUGCAGCAACCUAAAACUUCAUCUUUAUUUAUAUUUUUCUUCCAUUACAUACCAAUUCUCCAAAAUUACUUCAUAUAGUUUUCUUCCCUUUUGAUAUGGCUUUGAUUUUUGCCAUUAUUUCUAUAUUAUUCCUGCUUUCUCUUGCUCUUCCCUUCAAACUAUACCCUUUCAAAACCCAAAAAUUGCCUCCUGGUCCAACAGGAUUUCCCAUUAUUGGUAGCCUCCAUUUACUAGGAAAGCUUCCUCAUAGAGAUUUUCAAGCCUUAUCCCAAAAAUAUGGACCGAUUAUGCACAUAAAACUAGGCCUUGUUCCCACAAUCAUAAUCUCUUCUUCUUAUGCUGCUGAGCUCUUCCUCAAAACUCAUGACCUUAUUUUUGCAAGUAGACCACUUUCAGAAGCCUCAAAGCAAAUGAAUUAUGGCCAAAAGGACUUAGUUUUUGCCCCAUAUGGUCCUUAUUGGCGCAACAUGCGUAAAAUGUGCACUCUUGAAUUGCUUAGCAACCUCAAAAUUAACUCUUUCAAGUCCAUUAGAAAGCAUGAGGUUGAGUUGUUGAUUGAGUAUCUUAAAAAAGCUUCUUAUAGCAAAGCUGUGGUGAAUCUUAGUUGUAAAGUUACUUCUCUUACUACGGAUAUUACUUGUUUGAUGGUUUUUGGGAAGAAAUAUGAAGAUCAAGAGUUUGAUGAAAGGGGUUUCAAAGCUGUUGUUCAAGAAGGUUCACAAUUAGCAGCUACGCCUAAUUGGGGGGAUUUUUUCCCUUUUAUUGCAAGGUUUGAUAUUCAAAGAUUGAGUAAUCGAAUGAAAAAUGUUCACAAAGUGUUGGAUGAGUUUCUUGAGAGGAUUAUUAAUGAACAUCUUGAAGCUAAGGGUGAAAAGAAGACUAAAGAUUUUGUGGAUGUCAUGUUGGAGCUUAUGAAUUUUCAAGAAACUGAUUAUCAGAUUGAUCGAUCUGCAAUUAAAGCUAUAAUGCUGGAUAUGCUAACAGCAGCAAUGGAUACUACAGCAACUGUAAUAGGAUGGGCAGUGUCAGAGCUAAUUAAGCAUCCACAUACAAUGAAGAAAUUGCAAGAAGAAUUAGAAAAGGUAAUUGGUUUGGAUAGGAUUGUGGAAGAAUCAGACUUAGAAAAAUUAGAAUAUUUGAAAAUGGUAGUUAAAGAAAUUUUCAGGCUAUAUCCACCAGCCCCUUUAUUGUUACCACACGAGUCACGUCAAGAUUAUAUUGUUGAUGGCUUUCAUAUUCCUAAAAAAUCACGUAUAAUAGUCAAUGCAUGGGCUAUUGGAAGAGAUCCAAAUUCUUGGAUUGAUCCUGAAAAGUUUGAUCCCGAAAGGUUUGUUGGCAGUCAAGUGGAUGUGAAAGGAAGAGACUUUCAAUUGAUUCCAUUUGGAUCUGGUCGAAGAGGUUGCCCUGGAAUGCAAUUGGGGUUAACUUUGGUUCAAUUGGUGUUGGCUCAACUUGUACAUUGUUUUGAUUGGACACUUCCAAAUGGUAUGUUGACUUCUGAAUUGAAUAUGACUGAAGAGUUUGGUUUAACUUGUCCUAGACUUCAUGACCUUUUGGUGAUUCCUCGAUAUCGUCUUCAAAUUUAAUAUGUUUUUAUGAUUUGGAUUUAGUUUUCGUUUUAAUAAUAUUUUGAACUUUCAAAUAUUGUUGUGAUUCACCUUUAAACUUUCAAAAAGAUUGAGUUCAAGUUAGCCUAUGAAAAGAAACCGAUAUCUUUACUUCUGAA